AUGGAUACUGUUGGAAUAUUGGUAUGCUACAAUGGAAGUUGGGUUAAGAAGGAUAACAUUGAGAGUUACGAAGGUGGGGAGGCUAAAGGCAUAAUAGUGUCACGGAAUGUAACGUUUUCCGACCUUGUUCAGCGCAUUUAUAAGAUCAUGGAUGCAGAUCCCACGAAAUAUAUUGUCACACUGAAAUAUUCAGUUCCUGUAUCCUCAUCUGUCUGUAAGCAUAUAAGGGUUGAAGACAAUGAUGAUGUUAAAUAUUUUGUAAAGUACAACACAGAUGUUAUGGCCUCUAAAGUAACCCCUUUAGUAGCAAGCUUGAAAAAUAUUGAAGGUCAUGGUAUUGAAGGGUGCAAUGGCAUUGUAAGCGUUGAGAGUAGCAAUGCUCCUGCUGACUUUGUUGUGGAACAAAGAAAUGUGGUAAUUCGGGACAAUGAAACUGAAAAUGGUGGGAAUGAUUUUAAUUGGAGUGAUUGGGUUGAAGAAGUGAAUUUUGAAAGUGGUGAAAACAUAGUUGCUGAUUUCAAUGAACCUAGCAACGAAGAGGAACCGCAGUCUGCUCCGAUUCUGCAUCCUCAUGAGGACAGCAAUGUCGAACCGUCCACUGUGCAGUGUAGACAGGUGCAAUCCGAACCUCCCCGACAAUCAAGUUCGACUGAAAUGCAUACAAGUUGGGGUGAUUUGAAGCAUGGUCAGAGUUUGGAAUAUAUUCAGUAUGGUGGAGGCGUUUCGUGCAUAAAUUGGGAAGCAAAUUUGAAGGUUGGCCGAGUUUAUCCAAAUAAGAUUGCCCUUUUAAAAACCAUCAGUUUAGCAGCUAUUACAGGCCACUUUCGAUUGAGAACUGUCCAAUCUGGGAAGCAUCGGUUGUGUGUUCGCUGUUGGCAGCUUCUUUGCCCUUGGAAAGUUCGGGCAUAUAAAGUUGGAUUACAUGAGUUUAAGGUUGUUAAAUACGAUCCACUUCAUGAAUGUGAUAUAACGUAUAUAAGUAGUCAUCAUCCUCAAGCUACGACUGAAUUGCUGUCUGACUGUGUUAAGUGGAGAUUUCAGGAUUCGCGCAGCAUUUAUACAGCAGCUGAUAUCAAGAAAGAUGUGGAACAAAAUUUCGGUGUGAGCAUAAGUUACUCUACAGCGUGGAGAAGCCGAGAGUUAGCUUUCAAAAGAAUUAGAGGGUCUGCAGAAGAGUCGUAUUCCCUUCUCCCUUCCUAUUGUUAUGAAUUGGAGCGUACAAAUCCGGGAACUUUGACAUACAUUGAGACUGAUGCAGCUGAUCACUUCUUAUAUUUUUUUAUGGCAAUUGGUGCAUGCAUACGAGGAUUUAAGUCGUCAAUGCGGCCCGUGAUUGCUGUUGAUGCUACUCAUUUGAAGUGCAAGUAUAGAGGUGUUUUGUUUGUUGCGACCGCAUUUGAUGGAAAUCGGAACAUAUAUCCUGUUGCCUUUGGGAUUGGAGAUUUGGAGACGGAUGCAGCUUGGGAGUGGUUUUUGAGAAAACUAUAUUGUGCAAUUGGUGAUUGCUCGAAUCUCGUUGUCAUAUCAGAUCGCAAGCGGGAUCCGAUAUUGGGGUAUUUUGUAAGGGCAGCUAAGUCUUAUUGUCUAGCGGAGUUCAAUCGUCACUUUUCCAGGAUAAACAAUGACCGAGUGCGAACUUAUUUACUACGUGCAGGCGUCCAGAAGUGGUCUCGGGCCCAUUGUGAUGGACGACGAUAUAAUGUGAUAACGAAUAUUGUGGAGUCCAUUAAUUCAGUUCUUCGGUUUGCAAGGAUGCUUCCGGUGCUACACUUGAUUGACGAAAUAACAAAUCUACUUGUCUGUUGGUUUAGGCAACGUCGAGAGUUAGCAAUGAAAUCUCAUUCUACGUUGUGCCCUGAUUUAGGGGAAAUUAAGUUAAGGAAGAGGUUAGACGCUGCGUCAAGGAUGAAUGUGGUCAAAAUCAAUGAGGUCGAGUAUAAUGUUCUGGAUGGUGAUUUGAACGGUCUGGUGCACUUGCAAAACCGUAGUUGUACAUGCAAGAAGUUUGACUUGGAGCAACUCCCGUGCAAGCACGCUAUUGCGGUAUGUCGGCACUUGAAAUUGAACCCCUACUCCUUUGCCUCUUCUUAUUAUACACGAGCUACAUGGGCAGCUGCAUAUGCUGAAUCUAUUUAUCCUGUACCACCUGAAGGCACAUGGGUUAUUCCCGAAAAUUUGAAGAAGGUCAAAAUCCUCCCUCCUCUUUGUAAGGUUAUGCCGGGCCGUCGCAAAACGCAAAGAAUAGCUUCUAAAGGAGAGGAGUCCCGUCAAAAAAAAUGCUCAAGGUGUGGUGUGAAGGGCCACUACCGAAGUACAUGCAAACAAUCUGUCCCUCUCACCAACAAGCAGCACGUUGCGUAG